UUAUUGUUGUUUGGCUGGCGAUAAAAAGUAUUUACUUCAAAUGUUUGUGAAUUUCCUUAAUAAUUUAUUCAUAAGCCAAAUCGUAGCUAAAUAAACAAGGUGCAAUUGGAUAAAAGUGUUAAUUUCAUAAUAUAUUUGCUAAUUUGAAUACUAUAAAAUUGUUUUAUAUUGUUUAAAAUACGCUACUAGAAAAAGUUGCUAGUACAGCUGGCGCACAAUUUAUAAUUGACACUGAAAUACGUAAAGAGAGAUAUUCCUAUCCUAUAACUUCCUAUCGCAGAUUAACUGAAUUUCAAAAUACCGGAAAGCAAAAGUUAUAUACUUAUUCGAAAUGGAUUUUCGACAUACAGAAGUUCUUAAAUUGCUCAGUAUAUAUAGACAAUAUGAAUGUCUAUGGAAUUGCUUCAGUCCAGAUUAUAAGCAACCAGAUAUGAAGAAAAGUGCAUGGAUAGAGCUGUCCAUACAUUUCGGGAAGGAAGUUGAUGAAUUAAAGAAAAAGAUGAAACAUUUACGCAAUUGUUACUCUGCAGAAAGGAAAAAGGUUGAGGCCAGUAAAAAUAAACAUGGUAUCCCAACAUACGAACCACGCUUAUAUUAUUACCAGCAGAUGGAUUUUUUAGCUCCUGUUGUAUCUUUACGGAAAUACACUGAACAGGAAAAUAACGACGACCCAUUAGGCGAAUCUAAGGGCAGUUCACCGAAACAUGAUUUAACUCUCAGCGAUAGAAAGAGGCAACGUAUGGAUUCUAGUGACACUGACAGUGAUCGUGCGUCACCUCACGCAGAGUUAGGAACAAUAAAAGUACCUCUCGAUUCAGAUGAUUCUCUUAGUAUGAUCCAAAUUGAGUCAAAACCUAUCAAAAGACGUCUACUUGUCAAUGAUGUGUUGAAAGAGCAGACCCAAAAGGUUACAAAAAGCCAGACAAGGUCAUACAAAGAGGACACAUUUUGUGCUAUGCUUUGUAGCGAACUUAAAUUGCUAAAAUCCGAAGAGACCUAUGACAAUGUGACAUCCGAAAUUUUCACUGCAGUGAAAAACGCAAAGAUUGCGGACCGUCAAAGGAAUUAUCAAUCCGAUAAUGAAAGCAAAAGUUUUAACAGAAACUAAAGCAUUACAAAGAAAGUGUAGAAUUAAAAUAAAAAAUUAUAUGACAAAGCUA